UUUCACAGUUAGUCCACCUUAGUGCUUGAUGAAGGAAGAGAAAAAUGGGCAAAUUGAGAAGUUGUUUUUACGCAAUUCUUUUUGUAUUCGCUGCUCUUUCUAUCGCUAAUGGCGACGUUGAAUUCCGUUUUUCUACAAUCUAUGGUGAUCAUAUGGUGUUGCAAAAAGCACCAAAACGGGCAAUCGUGUGGGGUUAUGGCGAAGUUGGUCAAAACGUGAAGCUCAGGCUGAGUGACAAAGUGUAUAAUGCACACGUCUAUGCACGAAAAGAAGGAGGGGAAGAAGUCGGAGUAUGGCAAGUUGCGUUACAGCCAAUGAAUGACAGUGGUCCUCAUUUUAUUAAUGCAUCAUCUUAUGUAAAAGAAAGGCUAAAAAUUAUAACUUUGGAUGAUGUUUUAUUUGGAGACGUUUGGAUUUGCAGUGGUCAGAGCAACAUGCAGUUCACACUGGACAUGUCGGAUGAUGGAAAGGAGGCAAUCAAGGACUCCACCCAUUAUCCAAGGAUACGUUUGUUUUCUGCAGGCCUUGAUUGCAGUGUUUUUCAAAGGAGGGAGUUAUGCAAAAUAGGUCUGCCUUGGUCCGUCUCUUCACCAGAAACGGUAAGUGGAAACGCGUGGGGAUAUUUUUCUGCCGUAUGUUGGUAUUAUGGUGUGCAGCUGUACAAGACAUUGAACUACCCAAUUGGCUUAAUCGCCAGUAGUUUUGAAGGAAGUCCUAUAGAAUCAUGGUCUUCACAUGAUGCUCUUAAUCAAUGUGGAUGGAUUGGGGAGUUCUUAAACACUUUACCAAAUUCAGGAAUAAAAGAGUUGAGCACCUUUCCGCUGUAUAGUUGUAUGUGGAAUUCCAUGAUUGUGCCGUUUCUUAAUAUGACCAUCUAUGGUGCCAUAUUUUAUCAAGGAGAAACAAAUGCUAUGAACCCAAAAUUACUGAAAUUGCCAUACAACUGUACUUUUCCUGCCAUGAUAAAAGAUUGGAGAGCAAAAUGGUACGCUUCUACACAAAACACUGACCCACAGUUUCCUUUUGGUUUUGUUCAGUUGUCAGCUGUUAAUUACAGCAAAUCGUCGUUACAUUUUGCUCAGUUACGUUGGGACCAAACAGCACAGAAGGGCUACGCUCCAAAUGCACAACUGCAAAAUACUUUUAUGGCUGUAACAAUGGACUUGGGAAAUCCUUCAUCACCAUACACGAGCAUUCAUCCCACUGACAAAUCAGAUGUUGGAUAUCGCUUGGCGUUAUCUGGCCUUUCAUUAGUUUACGGUAAAGAAAGGUACUUCACUGGACCACUUGUAUCGAAAAUCGAGAAGAUUGCCGUCGAAAGUAACAUGUUUCUUAUAAUAAAUUAUACAUUUGUGGACAAAAUAUUGAAAUCCGGAACAAGACCGGUUUCGAGGUACUUUGUAACGGUACAUGGAUACAGUCACCAAUCGCGUACAAUUGCAGCAAAUCUGUGUUCAUUUCGGUUCGUUGUGAUCCGGACAAAGUUAGAUAUGCCUGGUCUGACAAUCCGUGCGAGAAACUGAAGUGUGCUGUUUACAGUGGAGGACUACCUUCUCCACCAUUUAUUAUGGAUGGUCCUUUUCCUUCUGAAAAGAAAACUUACAAUGGUUGUUAUACCGCGUAAUCGACUUUGUUUAUGUAGCAUUCAUUUGUAUUCUUUAUGUAGCAUUCAUUUGUAUUCUUUAUGUAGCAUUCAUGUGUAUUCUUUAUGUCGCAUUCAACUGUAUUACUGUUUAGUGAAAAUAUAAACUUCAAAAUUCA